GAUGUUGAAAUUUAUCGUAUGCAUAAUUGUUAUAGAAGUUUUCUCGAUUGGAGAUUGUUCGUUUAAUUCUGAAAUUGGGUUCAGUAGGGAUGUGGUUAGUCCGAGCUUUGUUCAAGAAGGAGACACAAUUAUUGAAGAGUUUGGUGUUUUGAAAGAUUGGGAUAUGCUAUAUGGAAGUUAUUUAAAUUGUAAAGUAAAAAGCGGAAGUCCGGAUGGUAGAUCUUUAAUUUUUAUUCCAGAAAAUUUUCAUCUAACUCCUUCAAAUUUGAAAACAACAAUUCAAAUUGAUAUUCCUUUUGAUUGUAAAUCUGGUACUACUUUUGCCGGUAUGCUUAUCGAUUGUACCCCUGAAAUGAUGCCAGAAAAUAAACUAAUGCAUUCGGACAUUGUAAGCUAUGUAAUCAGCGAUUCAUUGUCGCCGGAAAUGUGUGGCGAUCCCCAUCUAGCACAAGUCGUUAGAGGGAAAGAUGAAGAAGGCAAUUCCGUUAAUCAGACGAUAUGCUAUGAUUUUUACGGCAAGAGUGGCGAUAGUUUUGAACUAUUAUCCGAUAAAUAUUUAGGAGUAAGCAUCAUCUCAUCUCUGAGGGAUGAUUAUUACAUAGGAAGUAUAAUCAUUAAAACUAUAUAUGGUAGUAUCGAAGUAACUACUAAAGAUGUUAAAGGACCGAAUGGAUAUUAUAAAACUUGGUUUGAUAAGAAGAGAACUCGUUUAAUUGAUGAUUCAGCAUAUAAGAUUGAUAUUAUCGUUCGAAAUAGUAUUACUAUAAUUAUUAGACGAGAUUCAAGAAAGUUGAAAUUGUUUCUAUUGAAAAUCAAACAAUUCUUUGGAAAGUCUUAUUUGAAUAUUAAUAUUCAAGAGACGAGUGAUAGGUUGGGAUUAAUGGAUAAAUAUCAUGGUGGUCUAUUGAGUCUUGUCUUUUCGAAUGACUAUAAAUUCUAUGAACCAGUUCAAGAUACCAAUCAAGCAACUGUCCUAAUUAACGAUAGAAUUGUCAAGUCCUUUAGAAAAUUUAAGGACAAUAAUAGCUGUUAUAUGUUGAAAAUUGAAGAUAUCCUGUUUCCUAGAAAUAUUGACGUCAUCAAGAUCUAA